AAAUAGACGUCAGAAAAUUAAUUACAAUUUUUCAUCGAGAAUAAUAUAUUAUAUUAAUAAAUCAAGUUUCGUAAACUUUUAAAUCAAAUGCAAUCAAUUGUAGCUUUAAAACUGUAGACCAUUCGCGAAUAGAAUUAUCAAUGUAUUCAAAUAAUCGCGGGUAUCAAUUAAAGUAGAUAAGAUUAAUGGUCAACUGACAUCAUCGGAAUCUGCAAGUCACGAUUAUUACAUAAAAUCAGUAUUAUUAUGGAAUGAUUAAUCCAAGAGGCGUUGCAAGUGUGGAGUUUUACUGAAUAAAGUGUGUUGUUCGUAAAUAACAGUCAAAUAGAAUACGAUUGCCUACAAAAGCGGACGUGAAUAAAUGUGAAGGCAACACUCCGUGCAAAUAUUUAUUUGACAAAGUGAAUUUUUAUUCUCUUUACGUGAUAUUUAUUUACUUUUAGACAAUUAACUAAUAUUGCAUUGAAUUUCAUUAUAUAAUACUUGAUCUUAUAUCGAAAAAUGUUUACAAAAGUGCCGCCGAAUGGGGGGUGGGGAUGGAUUAUUGUUAUAGCUGCCGCACUGAAUGGCCUGUCAACUAUUCCGAUUGUGCAAGGAUUCGGAUUGAUAUUUAAAGAUUCCUUCGUCGCGAUGAAUCUAAGUGCGACAGACACAUCAGUUAUAAUCAAUGUAAAUUUGGCAUUCGGUAUGAUACUCGGCUUAAUCAAUGGACCUCUCUUGAAGAUCUUCGGUUAUAGAACAGUGGCGAUGACCGGAAGCAUAAUGUUCGCACUUGGUGUAACAUUAACGGCAUUCGCCAACAGUUUUACUCUUAUCAUAAUUUGUUAUGGAAUACUAACCUCUGUUGGUAUGAGUAUGUCAAUGUCUGGAUUCUCUCUGGCGACCAAUUCUUAUUUCACCACGAAACGAGGACGAGCUAUAGGCAUGGCAAUGACUCUCACGGGGCUGGGGCCAAUUCUUAUGCCUCAAAUAGCAUCCUUUUUGCUUUCAUUUUACGGUGUUCAGGGGACUGUCUUGAUACUUGGCGCUUACAGUUUUCACUCGAUGAUAGGUGCAAUGUUGCUACACCCUGUUAGAUGGCAUAUGAAAAACGCACCCAUCUGUUUAGAGACAGCCACGGAAAAUCCUAAAAUUUUGGCUGACGAUAAUGAUAAACAAGAUACAUCGAAUUGUUACGAGGAAGAUGAAACAAAUAUAUACUCUUCGGCGCUAGCAGUAAACAAUUAUCUGAGAAAAAGGAGAACAACAAUAUCCAGCAUUGAUCACGAUGUUGAAAUUAAAAGCAUUUAUGGAUUUGAUACGCCUCUGCCUCGACAAAUUUCUAUGGAUGGAACAAUGUAUGAUCCAAAUCACGACAUCGAAAUGACGAAGAUGAACGGAACAUCAAAGACGAAUUUACACGACGUUCGUAAAGGUCCAAUAUAUCCAUGGUGGAAUUCAUCAAGAAGCGUAGAUAGUAUCAAUCUCGGAAGUAGCAUAAAAAUUUUCGACGAGCCUGUUCCAGUAACGAAAAAACUGACCUUUAUCAAUAAUAGCGUGAGCAAAAAUAAUGGCGUGAGUCAGAACGUUGUGGAAAAGGAUUCGCUGUUAGAAAAAGAGGCAGACAAUUGUUCAAUCGAGGAAAAAAAUGAAAUCUGCGGCGAAAAUAAUUCGUCCAUCUGCCGACUCCUACGACGAGUGGCUGAUCUUUAUGACUUCGAUCUGCUGCGCGACCCCAUUUACGUGAACAUCAUGUUGGGAAUGUCAAUCGCGAUUUUCGCGGAGGUAAACUUCUCUUUGCUGACGCCGUUCAUCCUCGCUGACAUGGGCUUGGCGACGGGAGAAAUUGCCAACGUCAUGAGCAUCAUCGCGAUAGUUGAUCUUAUUAGCAGAGGCGCAGCACCUUAUUUGGGGGAGUGGCUGCGUCUGUCACCCAGGAUGAUGUACAUGCUCAGCUUGUUUCUUCUGAUAAUUAGCAGAACCUCACUGUUAUUCGCGUAUAGCUUCACCACGAUGCUGGCAGUCGCGAUCGGUUUGGGAGCAGCGAAAGGAAUUCGGUCGGUGUACAUGGCCCUAGUCGUACCCACCUACGUUCCCAUUCAAAAGUUACCGAACGCCUCAGGGAUUCAGAUGCUGACCAACGGAAUGAUCCUCAUGAGCGCUGGUCCUAUGCUCGGUUUAAUACGAGAUAAUACUGGAAAUUAUACCAUCUGUAUUAUCUUGCUCAACUGCGUGACCGCUAUCACGUUAUUUAUGUGGACAACAGAGAUACUCAUAAGAAGGAAAUCUGCCCGGCAAAAAUCGCAGUUGUCCGAAACAUCUUAGUAAAUAGUAAACUGAAUAUAAUUAUGUUUCUCUGUAAAUAAGUCACUUCCAAUGGUACGUAAGAUCCGAAUAAGGUAAAAGCAUGAAGAGGAUAUACGUAGCCUAAAUACACUUGGAACCUAAGAGAAAGAUUAUGUGCGGCAAUUUUCGAUUUCACGAAUCAUGAAAGGGAAUUAAAAAUUCCUGCUCGUGUCUAAUUGUAAGUCCCUCUGUCGUUAGACCAUCAGCACGAUCGCAAUUAAGGUCGUGUCCUUGUUCAAUACCAUUUACCAUGGAAAUGGAUCUAAUUAAAGCGUUAGUCUUCUCCAGACACGACCGGAGUCUUUAAGACAACGGCGUACCGCCGCUGUAGACACAAUGGUACACCUUUCCCACUAUCUUCCGGCGGGAGUUCUCACGUUUCGCUGCGACAAGCAACGUGUGAUCCUCCCGAAGAGACCUGAAAAGGAAGUUCGAAGGUCAAUGAAUUGUAGAUAUUGUUGCAUCAAGCGAGUUAAUCUUUUCGACGCUGUUAAUUUCAUCUUCUCUCGUCUCAAGUUCAUACUCAUUAAGUAUAACACCUCUUUCACGACGCCAAAUGGUUAUAAUGUACGCGCGAUAUCACCUAAUUUUCCUAUGACGGCUUGAAACACGGAAGUGAUUUUGUUUCUGUUUUACUGAGGCAGACCUAAAUUUGGGAAAACCUUGAGACAUACUGAAUAUUUUUGUUAAACAUAUUUUUAACGCGAUAGUAAUUGAAUAGUGAUUUAAAUCAUCACAAUAUGACGUGUUGCAUAUAUUUUUAAACGUUGAAUAAUUUUUAUACGAUUUUGCUUGAUAUGAAUGAAAGAACAAGCUCGGAAUUCGCCAAGCAAAGUUCCGUUUCACCGCACAAUUGGGAAAAAAUUGACUUCCGCAAUAUGCACAUAAGCACAUCACGCACGAGUGUAUAUUUAGAUGCAGCAAUACUCAGAUAGUCGUGACACUUCUUGGCGGAUGUCCAGCUUUACGAAACCGGCGAAAGUGAUCGGAACGUGGUGGGCAAACGAACAUGGAAGUCGAGUUCAAGUAACAUAUAAACGCGACGAGAUUUCGAAACAACCACGCCUGCAGUUUUCUAAAAUCGAGAUAAUAAAACGUGUGAAGCUUUAAAUAAUUUAUCAUGUCACGUGAGUAUGAUUUAACGGAAAAAUAUGUGACAUAAUUUAUAAUAAUUAGAAAUAUUUUCUUAAUUUGUUGGAGAAAUAUAAAUUUAUAUUAACUUUUUUUAUAUGUGCGAAAUAAAUCGUCCAUUAUUCAUUA